CGCUCCUGAACUAUCGAUCUUGGUAUAAAGUGGUUCGCCUUCGCCACCUCACGACUCGUUUGUGUACUUUGUACGACCUCCGCCCACCCCACGAACAGUGACGAAUUGUGCAGAGUCUAAUUCACUACAGCGUCACAAACUCAAACUUGCGCUCGCUGGCAUUUGCACUUCACUCCCUGACGUUACCACACCGACCCACCAUGGGCCUCUUCAAUAAGAAGAAGCCUGCGACGGCAGAGGCACAAGCGGAGACCCCCAGACCUGGAUCCGAUGAAACUACACCUGCGGCGAGUGGCGCGCCAUCAGUAAUAGGCGAGAAGAAAGUCGAAACAGACGUCGCUGUCGACUCGCGAUUACACUCCCGAGAUGAUUCGACAGACCUGCCAGCUCUCAAAGAUGGCGCAGAACCGGAGACCGCCCUAAAGCGGGAAGAGGAACAAGAGCAAGAGGCAGAUGACCAGAUCGAAUACCCCAAGGCAUGGGCACUGACGCUCAUCACCAUCGCUCUGUGCCUUUCCGUCUUCUGCGUCGCUCUCGACAACACCAUCAUUUCCACCGCCAUUCCCAAGAUCACCGACGAAUUCAAAGCCAUCGACGACGUGGGAUGGUACGGCUCAUCGUACCUAUUGACGACCUGCGCGUUCCAGCUGUUCUUCGGCAAGCUCUACACCUUCCUCAGCGUCAAAUACAUCUACCUCGCCGCGCUCGUGGUCUUCGAAGUCGGCAGUGUCAUUUGCGGUGCCGCACCAAACUCCAACGCACUCAUUGUCGGCCGCGCCAUCGCAGGCUUAGGAUGCGCCGGCAUCUUCAGCGGUGCCAUCCUCAUCGUCUCGCUUACCGUACCGCUCAAGCAACGCCCGACUUACAUGGGUAUGAUUGGAGGCAUGUACGGCAUCGCCUCGGUUGCUGGACCUCUGAUGGGUGGCGCCUUCACCGACAAGCUGACCUGGCGAUGGUGCUUCUACAUCAACCUGCCCAUCGGCGCUGUCACGCUUAUCUUCAUCACGCUCUUCUACAAGCCAGGCAAGCGGGCGAAGCCGAUGGCCUCUUCUCUCAUGCAGAAGCUUGAGCAGUUUGACAUCCUCGGCCUUAUUGUGUUCAUCCCCAUGAUCGUUUGCUUGCUACUGGCACUGCAGUGGGGUGGCUCAAAGUACCCCUGGCACAACGGUCGUAUCAUCGCGCUCCUUGUCAUCUUCGCGGUCCUGGCCAUCGCCUUCGUCGGCAUCCAGAUCUGGAAGCAAGAUAACGCCACUGUCCCGCCUCGCGUUCUCAAGCAACGCUCCGUUGCCGCCGGCGCCUGGUUCUCCGCCACUCUCGGUGCGGCCUUCUUCGUCUUCGUCUACUACCUUCCUAUCUGGUUCCAAGCGAUCAAGGAAGUGUCGGCAGUCGGCAGUGGUAUUCGCAAUAUCCCCAUGGUCCUGUCUCUGGUUAUCUUCUCGAUGAUCAGCGGCAUUGCUGUGACUGCGCUGGGCUACUACACGCCCUUCAUCAUUGUUUCGAGCUUCUUCAUGGCCAUUGGUGCGGGUAUGCUGGCGACACUCACAACGCACUCUGGCUCCGGCGCAUGGAUCGGGUAUCAGAUCCUCUUCGGUGCUGGCGUGGGUUUUGGCAUGCAGAAUACGCUUGUCGCCGUUCAAGCCGUCUUACCACAAGUCGACAUCGCCAUCGGCACCGCCAUCAUCAUGUUCUCGCAGACGCUUGGAGGCGCACUGUUCAUUUCCGUCGCGCAGAACGUGUUCACGAACCGUCUACUGUCCAACCUAAAACAAGUCGUACCCGACCUCGACCCGGCUCUCGUUCUUGCAACGGGUGCAACGUCGUUGAAGAGUGUCAUUCCGGGGCAGUACUUGGGCGGCGUGCAGACCGCCUACAACUCGGCGAUCAUCUCGUGUUUCUACGUGGCUGUCGCCAUGGCUGCGAUGUCCAUCUUUGGCUCCGUUUUUAUGGAGUGGAAGAGUGUGAAGGGUAAGAAGAUUGAGAUGGCGGCCGCAUAGCGGCAUCUCCUUCUCUGGGUUGGAUGUUUUUGGGGUAUCACAGCGUGGCGUUGAGGCAAGAGCUAGAGGUACUUCUACCCUCGUGGCAGUGGCAUAGAUGCCGAUAAAGUUUAGACGAGUGUAAUACAUGAGGCAGACAACAUUGCAGCAUCACGUGUUUCGUCCGUUUCACCAUCGAUAGUGCAUUAAUCUCAGUCAAUGUCCAUGCGUUGGCGC